AUGCCGUGCGUUAGAUUUGAAGAUUUUGGAUUAAGGGACGAAAAGAAGGAAAGGACGAAGACUGUGCUUCAAGUAACCUCACUUUUACCCAACGAGCACAAUACUGUUACUGUUUCUGUGUUUGUUGCAUGUGUUACAAGCCUUCGAGACGUCAUGCUUCUAGUUGAGCCUUCAACAGUCAUCAGGGGUGGCACAGCAGCGCUAAUUUGUUCCCGCGAUAUGCAGGGGGCGCCACUGUACUCAGUGAAAUGGUACAGAGGCAACCAUGAGUUCUAUAGGUAUACGCCGAUGGAAGAUCCAGAUACCAGAGUAUUUGGAUUGCCAGGGAUUUAUGUUGAUAUGAACAGAUCGAACGGCACUCAGGUGUUACUUCGAAGACUGGACCUAACAUUGGCUGGAAACUUCAGCUGUGAGGUCACUGCAGAUUCACCGUCCUUCGCGACGCAGAUUGCCACCAAAUUCAUCGAUGUUAUAGCAUACGCUCGCUACAUCAACUCCGUAGCGUCACCAGAUCUUCAGCCGGGGUUGCGGGGUAAGCCCAAUGAGGCACCGCGACCUCUCUCUCGCCUUACCCUGGGCGGGAGAAGACAUCGGAUGAAAAAAAAGCGUUACCAGAUCAUACUACCUGACGCCAAACAGUGCGACGAGACGGUGGAGGGUGGGUACCAGAUUACGGGCAAGUGCAAAAGGCCACCGCAGCCUCGGCUUAGAGCAGAAGAAGAAGAGGGAGGGGAGAGUGGUUUAGGCACGUUGCCGCCCAUCGCUCCUGUGUUAAAAGCAGACAAGGAUCGCUACCAGCCAGGAGAGGUGCUGAAGGCGAACUGCACAUCAUCACCAGCGCGACCAGCCGCCAACCUCACCAUCUACAUCAAUGAGGAGGCUCUCCGAUCUACAGAAACAAGUCUCCAUCCAUCUGAGAGUGGUCUACUCUGGACCAGCGUAAAAGCAGACGUGAAGGUAACUCCGGAGCUGUUCCUCGGUGGCCGGCUUAGAGUGGCCUGCCUCGCCACAGUGUAUGACGUCUACAGGAGCUCAGCAAAUCUGGACUUCUUUACACCUGAUACGGAUCCUCGGCCAGAGAGGAUCACUCUCAACAGUGCAUCAAAGUGCUUUCAAAGCUGGAUCCUGUUAUUCCUCCUCUUCUUGCUGCCUGUAGUGAUGGGUCAAGAUUACUUGGUACCCUUCGUCGAAUACGAAGACUACGAUGAGAAGUAUGAAACCGUGGCGAGGUCAUCCCUACUUGGCGGUUGA